AUGCUGAUGGCAGGUAAAGUUUCCGGUCAGCCAAGAGCCAGUUCCAUGAAAAUGCUGACUUGGGAUGAAGAAUUGGCCAGAAAAGCUCAGUUUUUGGCCAACAAGUGUCAAGUUGGUCACGAUACGCUUAUGGAACGACAGACAAAGGAAUUCCAUUGGGUUGGUCAAAACUGGGCUGGAACAUUCAACGUUUCCGACACUGUCCGGCUCUGGUUCGAAGAACAUAGGCACUACAGUUUCGAGAAAAAUAGUUGUAAGCCCGGUAGAAUGUGUGGACAUUAUACACAAGUCGUCUGGGCCUCCACGCGUAAAGUUGGUUGUGGGUACCGAAAAUGCCCCGGUCGAGCGUUUCCGUAUGGCUAUUCAGUUGUGUGCAACUACGGUCCUGGAGGCAACUUUCUAGGAGCAAAACCAUACAGAAGAGCAUAA